CUCUGAUUGCUCAGUUUGACAACAACAAAACGACGACCAUUCGCACGCUACGACCAAAACUUGAAGCUCGUCCAGUCAUCCCCCGACGCCGAGAAGGACUGAACUGAAGACGGCGAAAGUCAAUGGACCCUCACAUCUGGCACAAGGUCGCUGCGAUCUCUGGAAUAGCUGGUCUUGGAUUGGGUACAUACGGUUUCCAUGUCUUCAAGCCCCAAAACCCAAUUUACAAAGAGGUGUGGCAAAUAGCGUCUCUGUACCAAUUAGUGCACACUGCAGCUCUAGUUGCUGCCCCCGUUACCAAACGCCCCAACAUUUUUGGAGGUCUAUUGACUUCUGGGAUUAUAGCCUUCUCUGGGUCGUGCUAUGUUGCAGCAUUACUUGAAGACAGAAAGUAUUCAACCUUAGCUCCACUGGGAGGCUUUGCAUUUGUGGCUGCAUGGGGAAGUUUGCUUUUCUGAGGAUUUGAAGGUGGUUAAUGGCACCUCUUGCACUGUAAUUUGUGUAUUCUUCUGAACUUGUACAUUCACACGAGAAAUUUAUGGUCUUGAAUGUAACACCCAAUAAUUUUCUUUA